AAAAAUCGUGUUUCAAUAAAGCAAUCAGUUGACGUAACUAGCAGUGAGUCGCCGCGGGAUCAAGAGCUGGACGUGAGGAUAACUGCCGUCGAUGUGGUACUACACUUGGCCCGCAUUCCGUCCCAUCCUGUCAGUCGGACAUGAUCAAUUUAUUAAGCACUCCUAUACCUCUCUCUGUCUCUGAGAAUCGAAAGGAAAUCGCGAAUAUACAUUCUGUUCUCAUCUUCCUAUUCUCUGCGUUGACACCUCCCCAGCGUCUUGCCAUAGCAGCGAUAUGAGCUUUACGAUCCAUGAGCUCUUGACUCGCCCUCAUUCGAAUGCUCAAGUUGAAGGCGACUUUCCUCUUGAUGAAAAUGUCUUAGCCAAAUUUCCCGUGGGAAGCAGAGUCCUCUCUGCAAAUCGAUAUGGUACUUCUGCCUGGACGAUCACCGCGCGUCUCAACGUUGAGCUUCCUGAUGGCUCUCAGUCCCAGUACUUCAUUAAGUGUGCAUCCGAGGACUCAGGUCGCACCAUGAUGGAAGGAGAGUUCAAUGCAAUGUCUGAGAUAUAUAAGACAAUGCCGGAUUUUGUUCCUAAGCCACACUCAUGGGGCAAAUAUCUGGUCAGCGAACCCGACACAUGGUUCUUCUUGCAGGAAUUCGUCGAUAUGAGUGACCGAGCUCCGGACCCAAUUCAGCUAUGCACCAAACUAGUUGCACUUCAUCGCAAUAGUAUUUCCCCCACAGGGAAGUUCGGUUUUCACAUCACGACCUGCCAGGGUCGAAUACCUCAGGCGGUGGAACCUUUUGAAGAGAGUUGGACUGUAUUAUUUACCCGGUUGUUGCGCCAUGUGGCUGAUCUUGACUUCGAGGCGAACGGAUCUUGGAAGGAGUUAAAAACGCUGGAAAGGAGGAUUUUCUCCCACGUCAUUCCAAGAUUGAUUGGUAAUCUCGAGCGAGACGGUCGCAGUAUCAAGCCUUGCUUGAUACACGGCGAUCUGUGGGAGGGUAACACUGGCACAUCGUACGAUAGCGGCAACAUAUACGUGUAUGAUUCAGGUGCAUACUACGCCCACCACGAAAUGGAGAUUGGUGACUGGAGGUGUCACUACAACAAAGUCCACAAUAAGAUAUACACGAAAACAUAUCUCCGCCACUGCGGACCAAGUGAGCCAAAGGAGGAAUGGGACGACAGAAACCGCAUGUACUGUAUCUACUACAAUGUCAUCUACUCCGUCAAUCACUUGGAUCAAGGCAAAGCUGUCAGACAAACAGCCUGUGACGAUAUGUACUACUUGAUCGACAGAUAUGCACCAUUCCCGAAUGGUGAGGGACCUCCUAAAUUGGCUGAGACGGAAAGAGCUGCUCUUUCCGCUGAGCGUGACCACAGAGCGACUUGAGCAGGAACCCGCGUGAUACGGCGUGGAUGACCGGGGUUUCUCUCUCUGGGAUUGAAUCAUUAUUCUAUAGACAAAUUGCUGACCGUUUGGCUCGAUGAUUUACUGCUUCAAAACAACUGAGGAAUGGGAAAAUAUUGUAAGAUUAGGGACCGGCACAUAACCAAAAGCGUUAGAAUACAUCC